AUAAAUCAAUAAACACAACCCAGUUUGAUUCAGAAUUCAGAAAUAUUUAUUUCAAGAUGCAAUAAAAGGAAACUGUACACUUGAAAAGGUUUUGAGCGAUUCUUGAAGGACUAGCAUCACCUUCACUUGUACGAUGGUUUGAGGAAUAUAUCUUCCAGAUAGUACCGCCGCUCCCUAUAUGCAGAGUAUGCAGUCUUCGUAGAGCACCAACUCCCAGAGGGGGCACCAGUUGCUCAAAAAAAAAACAAAAACAAAUAUGCGCCAUUCUCCCAUCCGCGUUCGCGACCACUCAAUAGCAUUUGAGAAGAAAGACUUGUAGUCACAAAACAAUUGUAAUGUGUUCAUAUAGGUGUCAGCUACAAUGCACACCUUAUACAUUUUUUUAUACAUUUUAAAAUAAAGUGUUACUAAAGUUAUAUAUAUUGUUCUGUGUAUGUGAUUUCAAAGUCUAGAUUGGUCGGAUUAACCCUUUAACUGCCACAUCCCUUAAAACUUGAUUGUCAGAGGGUUACUGUAAAUGCUUAUGCCCGCUGGGCACAGUUUUCCCGAUGCCACCAGGGUGGCGUUGCACUGAUGGCUUGAGCCCGACAUCGCUGCUUGCAGCUAUAUUUAUUAUUAUUUCUUUUUUCUUCUUCUUUUUUUUGCAUUCAUUUAGGCUAGCUACUUAAUAAAUAAGGAGAAGUGAAGAUAAUUUUGUGGGGAGUCAAUCAGUCAAAUCAGUUUUUUUUUUUUUUUUAGCUUUUGUUUCUUUAAAAUAUUGAAUGUAGGUUAGCAAUAACCUUUCUUUUACUGUCUAUGGUAAUAACACCUGAAGGCCUCUUGAUGGUCAGGGUGGCCUCAAUUUUUAAUAAAGCUAAAAAUAAACAUGCAAGAUAUUUGGUCUCUGUGUAUUUCUUAUAAAAGUCAUUUAAUUCAAUAAUGCGUGUAAGGCCUAUAUUCGUUAAGAUCAACCUAUUUUACUAAGUUCCCAUCACUGUUCAUCUCAAUAAUAAAAAAUCCUGCUACACAAGGGGGCCCUCUAGCGGCCUCACAAUAUAAAGAUGGCGGCGUUAACUUUGACUUCCGGACUCCAUCACAACGUCUGAUCGAUUAAUAGGUAUAUAAUAACUUAUAACCUUCGAUGGACGCUGUUCUUUGAAGUUGAUCGGAGUUUUAAGUCGAUGUACUUGGCUACAGAUUCAUUUGCGAGUUAAACGACGCGUGUUGACAGCUUGUCAACAGAAUUCCCAGGAACUGCUUUCGGAAAAUUCCCAGAGUUUGUAAACCUCAAAGCAAGACCAGAACAGUUCUAGAGACUGCAGACCAGCUAUGAUACUAUCUGACCAUCCGCCAACCUGGAAUUUAUCAGGGGUCCACAGUUAUCGUCUUUUAUUACUCUUUGCUUCCUGUCUUGGUGGAAUGUCAGUCCCUGAUGCUGUGAAAGUGAGGGAUACUGCAAUUAUCCCUUGUUACAAGACAUGUGAUGGGGAUAUUUUGUGGGCAUUAACAACUAAAUAUGAAAAGCUGGAUGUCCUACGAUGUGUCCAAGGGACAUGCACAGAAGGAUUCAGUUUUAAGAACAGAGUACACCUCUCCAAUGAAAAGUCUGGAAACCCUUCUCUAAUAAUGUCUCCUGUUCUGUACAAUGAUGAAGGCUGGUACGAAGCCAGGUGUGGUUUAGAAUUUCUUUGUAAAUUCCACUUGGAAGUUUUCGUACCCACUACUGUGAAUGUCUCAGUCAGAGGCAACGUCACACUGCCCUGCUUCGCACGCACAGAGAAAAAUAUCGCCGAUGAUGCUGUGAGCAUCCUGUGGAAAAAAGAUGACCAAACUGUAUUGCAGGUUCAAGAAGGACUUAUAAACUAUGGCUCUGGUUUUAGAGGCAGGGCAUCAGUUGCACUUCAUCACUAUAAGGAUGGAGACCUUUCCCUUAACAUGCUCAGGGUCACCACAGCAGAUAAGGGAUUGUACCGGUGCUAUCACAAUACAGAUGAGGAACAUGGCUAUCCUGCUGCUGUCACUCUCAGCGUUACAGCUCAUCAAAAGCUCUGUGUAAAAAGGUUUGGAGAUAAUCUCACCCUGGACCUGUUCGGCUCUGACUCUGUGACUGUAACGUUCACCGGUUCUGAAGCAAAGGAGAUCCAGGUUUGCAGUGUGACAGGAAACAACACUACAUGUUCCUUCGACUAUGAUAACAGAGUAUCUGUCAUGAAUUACUCCCUCGUGCUGAGAGGAUUAACACUCUCUGAUGGAGGGACAUUCACUGUGAAAGACAACAUGGGUGAAGUCAUUAGUAUCAACACUGUCACUGUCGAGGGUGUGGCCUGGAACCCUUUCUUUGUGUCUCUAUUAGCAUUGCCUAUUUUACUCCUCCUUUUCAUUGGUCUAUUCCUUUGGCGUAAAUAUCAUAGAACGUCACAAGUGACAGAAAAUCACUCUUAUUAUAACGCCAGAGAGUCUACUGUGGUUAUAGAGUCUGCAUACAUUGGAGUGCCACAACAAGAAACCAACCCAAAUAUCUCGGGGGAUGUUGAAGAUUAUCCAGGGCUGGCAGUAGAGGAGACCAUGCCUGUGAUACCCAGCACUGAGAAGCAGGACAGCAUUGAUGAAAACAUGUAACAUCUCAAUCAGAGCAAAAAUGCCCAAACCAAUUAAAAUUUCAAUUAGGUUGCUUUCUCAGAAUUCUCAUCAGCACACAUUUAAUUUUGGGCAGGGGAAUGGACAUUUUUACUACUUAAUAUAAGCAUUAUACUUGGAUAUGCUUCUCAUCUCCUAACUAGACCCCCCCCCCCAAAAAAAAAACAAGAUCAAUAUUAAGUCUGCUUUUUAAAACAAAGAACAUGAGAAAGGUUAGUAUGCAAAAACAGUGGGAAACUGAAUAUUCAUGCAGUGUAUGCAUUUUAAAAGAUAAAAUCUGAUUAAGUCAGAAUGAUUUGAUUUUGAUUGAAACAAGAGCUGAUGAACUGCUUAAGUUUUCUUCUUCUGCUCUACUAUAUACUAAUUACAUAAGAUUAGAUUAGAGUAGAGUAGAGUAGAGUAGAGUAGAGUAGAGUAGAGUAGAGUAGAGUAGAGUAGAGUAGAGUAGAGUCAACUUGUCAUUGCACUUUGUAAGGUACAAGGCAACGAAAUGCAGUACUACUAAUAGCUGAUGUUUAAGGGUAUUCUAUGAGUAGUUCAUUUGUGCCAGUGAACAAAAUGUGAAACUUUUUUUUAAACCACAUUGUGGACCAAAUUGCUGUACAAUACAAAUAUAUACAGAGAUAAUUUAUAGAGGGAUAGCGAAAAGGAUCAAAACAGGGUCUUUAGCGAACUGUGAAAUGCACUUAAUGUAAGGGAUAUUACAGAUAUUAAGAUAGAGGUAACUCAUUCCAAAGCCUUGGAGCUGCUGCAGAAGUUACUUGUACCUUUCAGUUAAGACUGAGGGACUGUAUGACAGCUGAUCAUUUCAUUUAAGUGACCUCCAAAUUUGAUGCAGGCUAAUUAUAUCAAAAACAUAUCUGGUGCUAAGCAAUACAAGGCUUUGAACAUAUAACAACUCUUUGUAAUGUGCUCUGUAUUUAUAAUAAGAAAGCAAUUAUAUAUUGCUUAGCUCAGGAAUUAUUAUUUUAAUGACAAUAUGAACUGCCUUCAUUAAGCCUUUUUACUAUGGUCACUGAUAUGUCUGAUCCACUGAUCUCUGUACUGUGCAUUUAUCUAUGUGUAAAGUGAAUGUACAAUUAUAAGAUGAGGAAAGCACACCAGUUUUUAGGGUUUUAUGCUGGCAUCUUGUUACCCAAAAAAUGCACUUAAAAUAUUUGAUGUUUUUUGUUAUUUUAUGAUAUUUUAUUUAAUGAUCAUUUUUUCCUGAUAUGCUUACACUGCUGACAGACAUCUUAAGUCAUUAGGGUUGAGCCAGACAUGGUUGGGCUGCACAACUGUUAUUAUUACAGUAAUGAAGAUGAUGUCAGAUGUGCCCACACCUUGUAAACCCACCUGUUGCUGGUAUUGUGCUGCUUCUUUCUAAGCAUUACCCUGCACUUUUUCUUGCUGCUAUUGUUUGUCAACUAUUAUUACAAUUAUGUACAAGUAUUUGUUUGAACUGUAUCUUUAAAUGUCAUGUGUUUUAAUAACUUUUGUAUUAAAAUUCCUAUUAUAUGAAUGUGCGAUAGUGACAAAUCUGCCAAACAAUUUCAAAGCAUUCAGAGAUUAAAAGAUAUAUUUAUCGUCUAAAUGAAAUGUCUUAAAUAUUUCAAGAACCUAUCUGUCCAUCCAUCCAUUGCAAGGAUCUUUUGUGAAUCCACUAACAACAAACAUGAAGACAUUAUGUGAAAUGUAUACUUGUUCAUUCAGGAAAAAAUAAACAAUACCAGUCAAAAGUUA